AGUUUAUUGAAAUUGAGCUUAUAUUGUUGUGCAAUUUUCAAUGGGUGUUCUAGUUCAAAAAGACAUGGGGCAGGAUAAAACUGGAAAGAUUCCGGAGGCCAAACAUUUUGGAUCUUGGAUCUUGAAACGUGUUUUGAUUGGACUUACUCUUUGUAUUCUGGCAUAUCUGUGUUUAUGGACCUCGACUUCCGUGAAGAAUAAGUUUUUCCCAUCAUAUCGUAACAAACCAUAUAGGAAAUAUGUGAAUCGUCAUGGAAUUAAAACAAGCAUGUUCCAUCAUAAGCCUUACAUGGAAGCGUUUCGAAAGGUGAAUAGAGGAGAGAAGGUGCUUGGAAGAAAUAGUGCGUCAAGAACAUUAUCAAAUCGGAAAAAUACAAACAAUAAACUAUCAGGCCUGAAAAAGAAGCAGAAAAUUGACCUUAAAGAUAACAAAUUCAAGGGUCCAUUUCAAGAUCCUACCACAGCAAAACCUUUAAAUAAAGGAAGAUGGGCAAAUGAAAGAGAAGAGGUUGUUGAUAGAGCUGUAUUAGAUUAUAAACUCAUGGAGUCUACAAAGCCAAAGAUUGUCAACCAAAGCAAUGUUACUCAAAAUGCUAAAAACAAGGUUAAAAGUGAACAAAUCAAUAAGAAGGAAAAAAGUGGCACAAUCAUUAAUAAAAAUGAAAAGAGCAUCGAUGAAAGCGAAGUGACACCCAAAAAUAGUCAACUUAACAAUAAAAUCAGUAAAAGUCAAGAUAGUGUAAAAUUAAACAAAAAAGGAAUUGAAUUAGAAAAUAAAUUCAAGUUUAAAAUGCACGGCAAUGAAAGUGCUAGAGUUAAGGUAGACACCAUAAAGACGGCAGAGAGAGUGAAACAAAUCCAAAAUGCCAUAAGGAACAGCAUGCUUAAGACUGGAAAUGCAACUGGAAAAUUCAAUAAGCUGACAAAUUUGACAAAGGAAACAAUAAGAAGCAAACUUAGACAAUUUGGGAGUUUGAGAAAUAGCACGCAUCAAAUGAUGAAUCAAAAUGAAAGAAAAUACAAGGCAAAGAAAUAUGGUGAAUUGAAAAAGUUAAGACAGUACAAUGCUACAAAUCAAAAUUUAAAAUCAGAAUAUCCAGAGGAAAGGAACAAUACAAUCGAAUCAAGAAAAAUUGGAAUGAGAAAUUUGGGUGGUCCAAAGAUUAAGCAACAUGACAGAGAAGAAACAAAUGUGAAAUUGGUACCUCAUAAAGAUGAAAGGUCAAAACUUGACAAUCUUACAAAAGCAAAUGUAAAAUCAAAUAUUCCAAAUGAAAAGAUAAAUACAGGCAUAUUGAAGGAAAUUGAAAUGAAAAAUGUGGUGGGUGAAAACAUGAAGCGACGUGACAAAACACAAACAAACAUUAUGAAGCCUUUACAUAAUGAAUACAUGAAAAGGCCAACGCUUGACAGUACUAGAAAAGCAAAAGUGACAUUAUUAGAUAAUCCAAAUGGAAGGAUGGAUGCAAGUAGAAUGAGAAAAAUUGGAAUGAAAAAUGUUGUGGGUGAAAAGAUGAAGCAACGUGACAGAAAACAAACAAAGAUAACAAAACCUUUACCUAAUGAAUACAUGAAAAGGCCAAUGUUUGACAAUUCUAUGAAAGCAAAAAGGAAAUUAGAUAAUCCAAAUGAAAGGAAGAAUGGAAGCAAAUUGAGAAAAUUUGGAAUGAAAAAUGUGGUGGGUGAAGAGAUGAAGCAAC